UAAACAAUUAUGAACAUUACAGAUUAGGAGUUAUAGAUUAAAAGUGUUUAAACACCGUGAAAAUGUCUGCUGAAGUGCGAAAUGCCAUGUAUUCCACCACAUCUGAGUCGGAUUCUGAUGAUUCUGACUUUGACAUGGGGGAUGGAGAUUUUUCACUAUUUGGUGAUCUUUCCUCGGGGGAUAGUUCAACUGACUCUAAAUCUCCAGAUGAACAAGCCAACUCUGAUAGCAAUUCUAGCGAAGAAGCGAACGCAGAGACUGAAGUAAUUGAAGAUAAUCUGCGUCACAUUGUGUUCAGGUCAAUGACGAAUCAGAUACUAAAGUCACAGGAAAAGGAUCUUACAAAAGAUUGGAACGAGAACUUCCUCAUACGUCCUCACUUAUUGCCUCCUUCCCCUUCAUGGCCCCAACGCAAAAGGGUUCGUAAGAUCACCAACCAAAACCAACGACAAAAAAGAAUGUGGAAGCUUUCUGCUUCUCACAUAACAGCCACGAAGAGAGAUGGCUGGAAAAACAUCAAUUCACUUCCAACAGAACGUGCAAAGAGAUUUCGAUACAGUCCAAGGAAGGGAACUUGGACAGAAGAUGAAAUUCAACUAAAAGUUGAAACAGAACCAUUCAGCAACGGUGCUAUGAGAGAAUGCUUCAAAGCUAAGAAGCUGUCCAACUUUGGAAAUGCUACUGAUUGGGCAACAGCCACAUACUGUGUGGUGAAAAGGUACAUGGAUGUUCCGGAUAAGAAAACAUUAUUUGAUGAUGUACGGUUGCAAAUGGACGCCAAACUAUGGGGUGAAGAAUACAACAAGCACCAUCCUCCUAAGAAGGUUGACAUUAUGCAAAUGAGCGUGAUCGAGAUGUUGGACCGACCAGGUCAACCAUAUUUCCACCUUGAGAAUUAUAUUGAAGGAGAUUACGUGAAGUAUAAUUCCAACUCAGGCUUCGUUCAUGAUGAGGAUGCACGGACAACACCUCAGGCGUUCAGUCACUUCACUUUCGAGUGCUCUCAACACAGACUUAUUGUGGUGGAUAUCCAAGGGGUGGGUGAUCUCUGGACCGACCCUCAAAUACAUACUUACAAAGGAACAGAAUACGGCGACGGCAACUUAGGAACACGAGGAAUGGCUCUCUUUUUCUUCUCACAUACUUGCAACAAGAUCUGUCAAAGUCUUAAUUUGUCCCCAUUUGACUUAACCUUCCACGAGAAGUCCAACUGCAGAAGGGCAUCUGUGUUUGCUCGACGUGGUACACUACCCACUGGUUAUGAAGAACCGCUUUCACCUUUGAUUAAAAAUUCUAACGAUCUCUUCAAGAUAUUGGAGGAAUCUUCAAGUUACUUACCACCUAGGUCCAGUGAAGGUAAUGAUGAGUUAUACAUGCUACAAGAAGAAGAUGAAAGUGAAGGAACCAUCUCCAACAGCAGCAGUGUCUCUAAGCGCCUCAUCUCUCGCAAACUAAGCUCGGAAGAUGAUUUUGAUUCCACGUCCAGUGGAUACGGAUCAGUGAGAAGAGCGAGAACCAUCAGCGAGUUAUCCGAUCACUUGGAGAGUAUUUCCCCCCAACAUUCAAUUGAACAAUACCCACACCAUGUCCCAUUAGUUGCAGUAUUGGAAUACAAGGAGAUGUUGACGAACGGUUCAACCUCCCCACAUCCAGAUGACAUGAUCGUGGGAUCGCCCGAUCCUCAUCUGUGCUUGGCGAGCAAUCGAGUAAAUUUAAUGCGACGCGCGUCAUGCGCAGUUGCUGAAGUCGCCAAAAUGUUACAACUCUCGCCAAAAGUGCAAAUUGGAAAAUCUAUUCUAGGAAAGAUUCAUUAUGCAAUGGCUGUGUAUUAUGACAUUGGAAGAUUCCCCUUUGAUGAAGAUUCUGCUCUCUUUCACCUCGAAACAUCAGCUGAAUGUGGAUCAUUGGAAGGCAUACUUACCCUUGCUCAAAUAUAUCUUGGGAUGCCGCAUGAUAUUCUGUCGCAAGUCACACUUGAGCAAAAUGAGGAGAACACAGAGAAAGGUUUUGAUUUGGUGCAAUCAGCUGCAGAAGCUGGUGAUCGGAAUUCAAUGCUUAUAACUGCUAAAGCUUUUUACACAGGAAUUGGUCUGCCACCUUCUAAAUCUCGCAACUACCUAAGAGCGCUGGAAUUAUUCACCAAGUUGUUGAAUGGACACGAUACGGAUGCAGAAGGGGGUUACGAUUCUGUCACGUCGAGAGUUGUGCAAGAGCAUGAGGUUCUUGCCUAUCAGGCCGAGAUUUAUCUCAAGGGUGGAUAUGGAAUUAUUCAGGACCCUAACCGAUCUGGCGAACUUUACAAUGAAGCUGCUGAAGCUGCCACUGCUGCUAUGAAAGGAAGGUUGGCGAACAAAUACUUUGCUCUUGCAGAGGAAGCAUGGGCAGAAUGUGAGGAGUGAUCAUGUUGGCUCAAACAUUCCUUUUAGUUUACCUUGCCUAUCACAUCUGCUACAAACUAAGAAUUUUUGCUUUACGUUCUGCAUAUUCAGUAUCCCCAUUACUGCAACAGAGUUAAAUGGAAAACAAAAUGUUGAUAAAAAAGAUACAGGAAGCUUGCAUGUUGUGGAGCCUAUUCAUUAUCAUUGACACUUAUAAAGUGCAUCUGUGUGCGGCACCACUUGAUAGCAACAAUAACAAAACAAACAUUUUACUUUUCCUUGUACAAAGACGUUCUAAGAAGAAGUUAGUAGACUCAGGGUGGGGAAGUGUUUAAACAAAAAUGCUUUUAGUUUUUUGUGUGUAAGGUGCUCAUACAAAGUUUCAGUUCAAAAUGUUCGAACAAAAUCGUUGUUUUCAUAAUCUUUGCCAACAGUGCCCAGGAUCCAGCAUUUGUUUUUGUUUGAUGUGUUUUGCAAUCGAUAACCAGUAAAAGUUUCAUUUUACGCAUCACUAAAUAAAACAUGAUUU